CGCGUCCUCCCUCCCCUCGAGCGCGUGUGCAUGUGUGACAGCCAGAGCGUCACUGGUGCGUCCAUUAAGCGUGUCACAACUUUUGAUGGAUUACCCGACUUCUGAGUGCUCGGGUGCGGCUCACUCCUCUCCGUCCACUCGCUAGUGCGCGUCUCCCCAAACCUGUCAUACUCAGACAAGCGAAAGCAAAGCCAACAUGGUCUUACUGUCGUGGGCGCACCUGUGUGGGCUCGCGUCCGCGGUGCUGCUGUCCACGCUGGUGGUGCUGAGCGCGCUCACGGUGAGAGGCACGAGCGCGGCCACCACCGGGUGUCCGACAUGCGGUAUGCCAGCGAUGGAGAAGGGCGCGGAGGAACGUUACCUGGUCGAGAUGGCCAAACAGCAGAUCCUGAACAAGCUUCACCUGCGGGAGAGGCCGAACAUCACGCAGACGGUGCCGCGUGCCGCGCUCAUGACGGCGCUGCGCAAGCUCCACGCGGGCCGCCUCAGACAGGACGGAUCGCUGGAGCUGGACAAUAACGUGCCCAACUCGCGCACGAGCGACCAGGCGUACGAGAUAGUGAGCUUCGCUGAUGUGGAUGCCGAGGUUUCUUCCGGCUCCGACACCAGUCUGUCGUUCCAGUUCCUGCAGGAGAAAGGUCGCAGCGUGCAGGUGCUGCAGUCGUCGCUGUGGCUGUACGUGCGUCCGGCUGACGCCCCUCAUCACAGCAGCCGAGUGAACGCCGAAAUCUCCCUGCCGGGGACGGCCGGGGCCAAUCGCACGCUGCUGCUCCAGAGGAGUGUGGAUGUGUCACGAGGCGGCUGGCACACGUUCCCCGUCACCGGCGCCCUCCAGGCCUUUCUGGACGGCGGUCAGCGGAGGCUCCAUCUGGAGGUGCACUGCGAAGACGCCGGACGCAACCUGUGCAGUCGUGAAGCAUCGGGCGAAUCCUCCCAUCAGCCGUUCCUAGUGGCACAGGUGCAGCUGCGCGACGACGCCAACAAACACGCUCUGAGCAAACGCUCGCUGCGAUGCGGCGACGACGUGAGCGUGUGCUGCAAGAAAGACUUCUACAUAAAGUUCCGUGACAUACAGUGGCAGGACUGGAUCAUAGCGCCGGAGGGCUACCAUAUGAACUACUGCAUGGGACAGUGUCCGCAGCAUUUAUCCGGCUCGCCCGGCAUCGCCUCGUCCUUCCACGCCACCGUCUUCAGUCAACUGAAGGCCAACGGCAUCCACACGGCCGUGUCGUCCUGCUGCGUCCCCAUCCAGAGACGGCCGCUCUCCAUGGUCUACUUCAACUCUAAGCACACCAUCGUGAAGACAGACGUCCCGGACAUGAUCGUCGAGUCCUGCGGGUGCACAUAAAGAACAAUUACAGCAGACCACAAACCUAACAGUACACAGCCGCACACCUCUUUAUCUGCUUUAUCAGGAAGAGGCGAAAUAUUCUCUAAUCGAGGCUUUCUGUCUAAGCACAGCUGAUUCGUUAUGGGUUUUUAUAGAUGUCGAAAUACUCAGGGAAAUCAAAGCCACUGUAAAAGCCACGCUUAGGCCUGACUCAGCACGGUUACCCAACAUGACAGUAAACAUUUAGUUAUUGCCACACGUCCCAGAAAAGGCCUGGCUGCAGCAAACGACAGUGCUGCAUUAAUAUUUCUCUUACAUUAGUUCUCAAAGCUUACUUUUGACUGUUUACGCUAAGCACCAGCAAAUGCAACUAAAUAUGUGUACUGGCUUUCCUUUCAAGCUGCUUAUUUUCCAUUCAAACAGCUACACUUACUUUUAUUUGUAACAUUAAUAAUAAUAAUAAUAAGUAUUAUUUAUGCAAAAGCGGUACAAAAAUCUACAAACAGUACAAUCACCUACAUUGUACAUGUUACAGGUGUAUUUUUUGCCAUGUUUUGUGUUUAUUUUAAGUCUUAUGUUCUCCUUUGGUUUAGUUUUGAAGCACUUCCUAGGAAUGCAUACGCAUAGGGAAUCUGCAACUGCACUUUAUAUCUUAUUUUGCGGAGUUAGUACGAAUCAAGCCAUGCAAAUCCGAUCUACAUGUGUUUUGUUUAUUUUUGCUUGACAAAAAUGAUACUGUAACUUAUGGCACGAUAUUAAAGCUGUUCAUUAAGGCUCUUUGAAGGUGCAAAAACUCACUGAGAUUAAUUUCUAUAAUUUUUUAAUAAAGGGAUAUUUUCUUAUAAGUGAGAUGGUAUGGAAAUCUGUACUGAAUUGUACAUUGUAAUUUUGUUGAAUAUGUGCAUUUUUUUAAAUAAACAUUUUAUCUAUUA